CACCCUCUCCUUCAUCAACUCAAAUCAGAGCAAUCUUCAAACCUUAAAAACAAUCUUUCAAAGCUUUUUCCAAAGUUUGAUUUCUUCAAACUUCUCAAUAUGGCUCCUCACAUCACCACCACCACUGUGACCAAGACCACCCCUCUCUCAAAGGCUCCAAGCCUGUCAAGCCGUGCAUAUGUGACGUUCUUGGCAGGUAACGGGGACUAUUGGAAGGGAGUGGUCGGGCUGGCCAAAGGGUUGAGGAAGGUGAAGAGCAGUUACCCUCUUGUUGUUGCGAUUUUGCCGGACGUUCCUGAAGAGCACAGGAAGAUUCUGGUGGAUCAAGGUUGUAUUGUGAGAGAGAUCGAGCCUGUGUAUCCUCCUCAGAAUCAGACUCAGUUCGCCAUGGCUUAUUAUGUCAUCAACUACUCCAAACUUCGUAUUUGGGAGUUUGUUGAGUACAGUAAGAUGAUAUAUCUGGAUGGUGACAUCCAAGUGUUUGAAAACAUUGACCAUCUCUUCGACAUGCCUGAGGGUUAUUUCUAUGCCGUGAAGGACUGUUUCUGUGAGAAGACAUGGAGUCAUACCCCUCAGUACAAGAUUGGUUAUUGCCAACAGUGUCCUGACAGGGUUCAGUGGCAGGCUGAGUUGGGUCCAAGGCCUCCACUUUACUUCAACGCUGGCAUGUUUGUUUACGAGCCAAGCCUUUCAACGUAUGAGGAUCUCUUGAAAAACGUCCAAAUUACCCCUCCCACCCCUUUUGCAGAGCAGGACUUCUUGAACAUGUACUUCAGGGAUAUUUACAAGCCUAUUCCUCCAAUUUACAACCUUGUGUUGGCCUUGUUAUGGCGUCACUCAGAGAACAUUCAACUUGAUCAAGUCAAAGUUGUUCACUACUGUGCUGCUGGGUCUAAGCCAUGGAGGUACACAGGAGAAGAAGAUAACAUGGACAGGGAAGACAUAAAGAUGCUUGUGAAGAAAUGGUGGGAUAUAUUCGACGAUGAAUCAUUGGACUACAAGAACACCGCGACAACUGUGCUUGAAGCAGAACCAGUGAACUUGGAGCAGUUAAUGGCAACGUUAUCGGAGGCCGGUGUUAUUCACUAUAUUACUGCCCCAUCUGCCGCUUAGAGGUUGCGGAUGAAGAUCCAUGCUUUUAAAAAUGGAUACGUGUUCCCUAUAAUAACUAAGCUGUGUAUAGGAGUAAAGGGUGCUGUCUGUUUAAUUUUUUCUUUAUUUUUUUAAAAGUUGUUGUGGGGAUUUCCUUUAGUGAGAGAGAAGGAGAACCUCUUGUUACUUAUACUCAAGGAGGACCAGGAUUUUUGUUCUUCCUCCUCUUCUUACUAUAUGUUUGGUUAGUUUAUAUAUCAAAGCAAAUAUUUGAGUGUA